AUGAUGGACCCGCAAAGCCAGUCCUUCACGCCGCAGUAUAGUAGCAGUAGCGAUAGCUGGAGACUGCAGACCGACGUUGCGCGCAUACAACAGAUUCAGGCAGAGCACGCCGAUCGAAUCGCUCGACUGGAACGCACGCAUGAUACCGAUGCGCGUGUGAAGAGCGUAUGGGGUAGCAGCUCGCCGUUUCCGAGUGUCUUGACUGGCACUCCACAGACGACGCCGCUUCAACAACCGCCUAGCGAGCAGUUCCGCGGCUUCGACGACGACACGUCCAACAUGAUCAGCAGUCUCCAUCUCGAUGCUGAGGAUGAGCCACGUAGAGCAAUGGGUGCCACCUCAAGGGCGAAUAGUGUCCGCUUUGACGAGUCUGCAAACCAGAACCACUUCUCACACUCUUCGCGGCCUUCGGUCGAGCUCCUAUCUCGCACCAGCAGCGGCUUCGCUGGGAUUGGCAUGAAUGAGCGCACGCCAUCGCACAAGUCGGAAGGCCGCGCUAGUUCCGCACACUCAAUCCGAUCAGCCACAUCUGGUCGUGCCAAUAGCCUCAACCUUGACUCAGUGGCGUUCAGUCUGGGCAGCGCUCAUCGUUCACCAACAGAAGCACCGGGCAUUGCGCCGGGGAUGCUAUUGUUGGGAGCUGUGCCGGCGAUAAUCAGGUGUUGGAUGAACACUAACUUCAAGCACGAUGCGCUACUUUAUGCCGCCGUGUGUACGGGCUCGUAUAAGUCCUUCUUGGACCUGCGACUGAUUGGAAAGCUUGGUUUCGAGCACAACAUCCACACCAACACUGACGGCCUCCGCGUAGUGGAGCUACCCAUCUUCUUUCCAGAGGCCGUAACGCACCCGGCGUCGUCAAGAUCAAGCAGUCCUGCACCGCAAUUGCCCUCGUUGCAAGUUGAGUUUCGAGUUGUUGAGAGCACCACACGAGACGAAACCGACAAGGCUAUUCAAAUUUUCCUGGGGACUGAUGUUCUGCGUGCACACAGUGCCGACAUUCUGUUCUCUUCGAACAGCAUGACGCUAUUCGACAACGACCGAAAUAAGCUGAGUAUACCUCUUUCGCGGCCAGAGAAUGAGGCAGUGUUUAACAGCUUGUAUGUUACCACUGGCGCCCACCCUUCUUCCUCGCAGGCCCAAAAGACGGCAGUGACUACCAAGGAGCACACUUACCUGAACGGUCUUGGAAGAGGCAGUUCGACUGCUUCUGUCUCUUCUGCUGCAGCGAGUCCGCCUCCUAGCAGGUACAGACCGCCAGGCGCCAUCGCUGCAGAAGCAGGGUACCCAGAAGCUUCGAAACCAGCGGCCAUUGGAUCAGACCGAGAGUCUCGUCCCACCAGUCGAGCAUCGAACGUACCACGUCCGUCACUUACGCUCUUGAACACGAAGCGCGACAGCGAGGAGAACAAGGAUGCUGGGGCAAAGACUGCGCCGUUGCGCAAUGACAGCAGUCCUGCGAUAUGGGGCAGUUGGCGCCGCGAUCCCCCUGCUUCUGCAUCAACACAACCCCCGGGUCUGGACUGGGUGAACGCUGGCAGAAGUCAGGACACAAUUUAUCAACGGAAAGAUACAGGAAUCAAAGUACUGAAGCCCAAAACUGCAACCCGCACUUUCUCAACCACGGCGACGCCUGCCAGUGGUACAGCAAGCCCCGGUGAUGGGAAGAGUCGGUUUUUCGAGGAAGGUAGACGACGCAGUCUAGCUGGUAAUGAUGCCAAGUCGUCGACAAGUGGGAAGGAGGCUCAAACGAGCGCAGUAGCAGCACCACCACCUCCCAAGACGAAGGCGAAUCCCGUGGGCGGCGCAUCUGCUUUCUCUUGGUUGAACCCUGGCGUAUUGAAGUAG